GUUUAUUUUCUAACAUCCCGCAAGUCGAGACUUGAAUUUUAUUUCUUCUUCAUUUAAUUUUAUUUAUUCGCGUUCUUUAGUUUCAAAAGGUUGAAAUCAUUAGUUACUCUAUUCUUUAGUCAACUAAUUAUCAGUAUAAGUGAAAAAAAGUGCUGAAUGAAUACAAUUUCUUAAAAAUACUGAAAACAAAUACCGUGGAUUAAAAAGUUGGUGGUCAUUGCAAAAAGAAUAUUAAAAAAAAAAAUUUUAUGAGAAAAGCUAAUACCAGCGGCGAGACGAAUUACAGCUUCAAUGAAAAAUUGUACGUAGAAAUGUCGGUAAACUGAAGAAACUUGUAUAAGAACAAAAGAAUCAAAAGAAAAAAUAAAGUUUUGAAAUAUUUUCUUGCUGGGCAGUGAAACAUUAAUAAAUAAGCAUAAAAAUGAUAAAGUUAAAGUCGCUGUUUCGUAGAGGACAAAGUGGAAAUCCAUCUUCGUCUUCAAGUUCAUCGAAACAAGUUCAUCAAAUUUCUCCAGCACAUUCCGUUGGUAUUAAAACAUCAGCUUCGUCUUCAAGUCUUGACAGAGUUGCAACAGCGAAUUCUGGCAGUGCUUCUGCUGAUCUUGGAGCGACAAGAAAAUUGUCAAAGAAUCAUAAACAAUCAUCGAAGGAUAAGUUAAAUGAUUUACUUCGUGUUAGUUCCAAAGAGAAGAUUUUUGAUGAAAAGAAAGAAUUAAAGAAGCAACAGAAACAACAAAAUAAGCAAAUGCAGCAAGUUGCAGCUCAACAAUCUUCUAACAUUCAUCAUCCAUCGUCUUCUUCGUCAGUUCAAACAUCAGCUGAACCACGACAAGAACGAUCACAUCCCAAAGAUUUCGACUCAACAGCAUUUAAUGGAAUGCAAGAUAUAAAACAUAAACAAACGAUGCAAGAAUUGCGUCAGUUGCAACAUGAAAAUUCAAGCUUAGAACUAAAAAUUCGUGAGCUUUCAUCAUCACACAAUGAGAUGAUUCAAUUACGCAAAGAUGUUCAAAAGUUACAACAAACAAACGACAUGAACAGCUCGAAGUUGAAUCAACUUGAGGAAGAAAACGAAUCGUUAAGAGAUCGACUGAGAAAUGUUGUUCAAUCGCCACUUUCGGAUAAUGACAAAGAAGAUUCACAACAUCGAAUGCAUAGCUCAGCACCAGCUUCGAUUGCACUUCCGAAUUUUAUUGGUAAUCAUGAGUCGAGUGAGACGCCAUGCACGACACCAGAUUGGGAUAAACAAUCAUCAAGUAGCGAAGUUUCUGUAGCUUGUCUGCAAGAUAAAAUAAUUCAAAUGGAAGAAACUCAUUACUCGACCAAUGAAGAACUUCAAGCGACACUUCAAGAGCUUGCCGACCUACAAAACCAAGUAUUAGAAUUGCAAACUGACAACGAAAGACUUUCAGAUGAGAAAGAUGUGAUUUUUCAAUCACUUUGUCGUCAAACUGAGAAACUUGAAGAUACGAGAAGUCAAGUUGAGACAUUACAGAAACUUCUUUUACGUGAUCCCGAUCAACAAGAUUCAGCAUCAUCAGAACGUGAACAGAAGUUGGUUGAUUUGUUGAAAAGUGCACAAGAUGAGCGUGAAAAUUUAUUAUUGAAGCUUGAAGACUUAAAUUCUGAUUUGAAUGAAAUGAAAAAGUCAACAGAGUUGUCGAAACAAGUGAAUGAAAGGUUGAAAGAAAGAGUAAGCGUUUUGGAGUCAACAAUUGAUGCAUCAGUUGCUGAUCGAAAAGAAAUCGAACGUGAGUUGAGUAAUGCAAAGGAAGAAGCGUCAGCAAAACAAAUCGAAAUCAGUCGCUUAUCAACAUUACUGGAUAACGCUCGCUCAAAGAUUGAUGAACUUGAACAAGACAGAGCAUUGGGUGAUAAAUCAGAUUUAGGUGAGCUACUCGACAUCGCUCGAAAGGAGAAAGAUUAUUUAGAAAUUGAAGUUGCGACGUUACAAGAACAGUUGUCGAAGAGUCAAAAUGAGACACAAAAGCUUCGCGACAGUCUUGCUGGUGUCACUGAGGAAUGCAAAGUCACUAGAAAUAAUGCAAAAUGUGCUUUGAGUGAUUUAGAAUACAAAUGUGAACAGUUGAAGCAGGAAAAAUCCAAAUUACAAACUGAUUAUCAAUUACUUAAUGACACAACAAGUGAACUUCAAGUUCAGAGCAAAUGUCUUGGUGAAGAUAAAUCUCAACUUGAAGCUCUUUUGUCACAGACGCAAUACCAUCUUGGUGAACUUGAACGUCAACUUACUGAAAAAUCUGAGAAACUCGAGGAAGAAGCUCGCAUUAGAAAGCAGGAAAAUGAAGAGUGGGAACAGUUUCAACAAGAUCUUCUCAUUUCCGUUCGUGUUGCAAAUGAUUUUAAAACAGAGGCUCAAUUAGCUCAUGAACAGCUUGCAUUGGACAACAAACUUUUACGUGAGAAGAUUCGUGGCAUGGAGACACAAGUGGACAAAUUAAAUAAACAAGAAAUUUCCCAACCGGAAGUCGUCUCAGAACAAGAGACUUCAAUGCAUGAUCAAGAUGUUCAAAGCAGUAAUAACAACAGUCAUGAUGAAUUUCAAAUGGAAAUAAAUCGCAUGAGAAAUUCUUUGACUGCUUUGACAUUGAAAAAUUUUAUGUUUGAUGGAACGGUGAAAGAGCAAAAAAAAGCUGAAAAAAUUGUCACACAAAAAGUUGAACGACAUGAUUUGCCACCGAAAAUUGUCACUGAAACUUUUCCUAAAAAUCCUGAAUUGUUGGCAAGAAAUGUUAGCAGAGAUGAGAAAUUUGUCGAAGCUAAAACUGAGAUUGUUGAACCUCUUGUGAAUGUUUCUGAUCCUCCUGUUGUUAAACGAAGCUUGUCGAAACAUCGAAAAGAUCCAACAAGAACACAAAGUAAUUUGAUUGAUCCGAACGAUAUCGUAGCCGCUUUAACUGCUAGUCAGGAGAAGCUUGAAAUCGAUAACAAGCCAAAGAUUGUCGAUACGAAACCGAAAAUUGUUCGCGUUCAUUUUGCUGAACAUGCCAAGCCUGAGAAAAAGGUUUUUAUUAAACAACCUUCUCGGGACUCCGAUGAAGUCGCUUUGAUUAAUAACAAUAAAGAAACGAGUAAUAACAAUGAACUACCAUGGCAAAAGAAACAUGAAUAUCGAACUGUCACGCCUUUCUUCAAGCCAAAAAAUAAGGCAAAAGCAAUUAGCGAUGAGAAUGUUUCUGUCGACAUUAAUUUUCGUCCGAUUGAAUUGAGUCGAAGCAUUGAAGAUGUAAACCAGGAAAUUGUUAAACCUGUUCCAAUUUUUGCUUCGAAAAGCUUUCAAGAACUUCCAAAAGUUCGUGAAUUCAAACCAUUUGAUGAGUUUCAGACGAAGUCGUCAGAUGAUUUGCUUCUUGGCAACAUUGAUGGAGCUCGAAAGCCUGAAAGUAAGCGGCAUAAACUUAUGAGAAUUCGAAGUACAAGUAACAAUACUUUGAAUCGGUUGAGUGAUCAACUCGUGUACGAGAACUUUCAUUAUGACAUUCCCGAAGUCAAUUCAACGACUGCUGAUAAUUUCAUGAGAAAGAAGGCACCACAACCACUGCCAAGAGUAAUGGAUGAGAACGGAAACAACUCAAUUCGACAAAGCAAAACAAUUGUUUACGUGCUUGACAAAGAGAAAGAUGAAUUUAUUCUCGAGGAACCAAAAUCGAAUGAAAACUUAUUUGACGAUGUGUAUGAAGACGUUUUAUUGCGUAAUAAUGUUAGCCGCGAUACCGACUCUUCAAUGUUUUAUUCAUUGAUCGAUAGCCGUGAUGAUUUGGUUGCAUCAUCGAACGAAUCACAACAAUCGAUACUUACAACAGUUCAACAAGAAAUGGCGCAACGUCGAAAGCAGAAAAACAAUGGAAAUGUCAUCAAAAAUGGAACAAACGGAACUGUCGUUAAUCCAAUGCCACUUAUGAUACGUCAAGACUCGCGAUUAUCUGUGAAAAGUUUAAUUGAAAGUAUUGAGAACACAUCGAAGCAGAGCAAAGGAUCGGGAGGAUCGCAGAGUGGGUCGACUUCAAGUUUGAACAGUUUAAGUGCAAUGGAGCAACCACAGCACGACGUCAAAUUGCUAUCAGCGACAGAACAAGAAAAGCAGCAGAAAACUUUGAACAAUAAUUCACUCACGAAUAAUAACAACAAUUUGAGUGGCAAUAAUGUGAAUGGAAGUCAGAAGAAUCGAGCAACAACUCCACAAAAGAACGAUGAUCAAUUUUAUUCAUCAAUCUUAUCUUCACAUAAUCUUAGUAACAAACAUGAUUACGUCAGACGAAACAGCUAUGGAGAUUUGAGUGAACGGAAAGAUCCAUUGAAUGCUUUGGUGAAGAAUGGGGGCUCGAAAAGAAACGCUUUACUUAAAUGGUGUCAAAAUAAAACUGUUGGUUACCGAAACAUUGACAUCACGAACUUCAGUUCAAGUUGGAAUGAUGGUAUGGCUUUGUGUGCACUUAUGCAUUCCUAUUUACCCGAAAUGAUUCCAUAUGACGAGUUGACACCCCAAGAUAAGAAGAGAAACUUUAGUUUGGCAUUCUCAGCAGCUGAAAAAGUUGGAAUUAAUACAACGUUGAACAUCAACGAAAUGUGUCAAAUUGAACGUCCAGACUGGCAAUGCAUCAUGGGAUAUGUCACAGAAAUUUAUAAACAUUUUGAAACUCAACUUUAAAGAAACUUCAACUUUUAACUCGCAUUUUUCUUCUCAUUAAAUAUUUUCCACUAUUUUAUCGUUGAAAUUUAGCAUUUAAAUGUUUAAGAAUAAGAUUUUUGUAUUUCUUAUCUAACUUUUCAGACUUAAAUAUGCAACUUGAAAGUUUUUUUUUCUUUACAAAAAUGAAUGAGAAUCAAUGAAAUUUGGAUGCCUUAAAGAAAAAAAAAAGAUGAAAAAACAAAAAUAAUUUUUAUAUCUACGCAUUGUAAGAAUCGGUUGAAGAAAACAAAAUAUUUUUUCAUAUAAUUCGUUUCCUAAUCUGAAAAAUUGACUGAAGUUAAAAAUUAAAUUUUUUCAUACUUAUUACGGCAGCGACAUCAGAAACAGUUGCAACUAUUUAACAUA